AUGGUAUGUGAUGUGCUGGAAGAUUGUGGGAUGAUUGAUCUGGGAGGAAUGGGGCUAUUUUUUACAUGGAGAGGACCCAAGUUCCUUCACCUCGAGAGGGUAUUUAAGAGGCUUGAUAGGGCUUGCGCUAACGCUGAGUGGAUGACUAGCUUCCCAAGUGCUUCAGUAAGAAACCUUCCAAGGGUGCAUUCAGAUCAUUGUCCAAUUCUUAUAAGAUGCGAUGAGGCUAGUGAAACAAAUGGUACUCAGCCCUUUCGCUUUAUUGCUGCAUGGCAAGAUCACGAAGAGUUUCAGUCCAUCCUCUCUAAUAACUGGAAUCGAGAAAGGCAGAUGCAUGCUAAUCUAAAACAGCUGUCAUAUUCUUUGACGGAUUGGAAUAAGACUAGCUUUGGCAAUAUCACACACCGUAAGAACUUGACCCUAUCAAAGCUAGCUAAAGUCCAAAAAAAAUGGACCAGGUGA